UAACUUUUUGUGCCUGUGAAAGACGAUAAUAAAUUAAUUAUUAUCAGUCUGCAAGCAAAGCAGGUCUUCAAAUCCAGCAGCCACUAUGGCGGGUGCCAGCGACAAGGCGCGCUUCUAUCUGGAGCAGUCGGUUCCCGAGCUGAGGGAAUACGAGAAGAAAAAAAUAUUCAGCAAGGAGGAAAUCACAUCGAUCGCAAAGAAACGAUCAGACUUUGAGCAUAAGUUGAACGCUCGAGGAGCGCAACCUGUGGAUUUCGCCCGAUAUGCAGAAUAUGAAAUGAAUCUGGAUCUUCUCCGGCGAAAAAGAACAAAGAGGCUAGGGAUCAAGAUGCCCGCGCAUACGGGUCAGCGACGAAUUUUCUUCAUCCUGGAACGUGCGACACGGAAGUUCCAUGGAGACGUCAGUCUUUGGCUUCAAUAUAUCGAAUACGCCAGACAGCAGAAAGCACAUAAGAAGCUCUCUCAGAUUUUCACUAAUGCGCUUCGUCUACAUCCCACCAACGCUGAGCUCUGGAUCUAUGCGGCCAAAUAUGUUCUCGAUGAUCAUGCGGACAUGACGCAGGCUAGAAGUUACAUGCAGCGGGGAUUGCGGUUCUGCAAGAGUUCGAAAACGUUGUGGAUUCAGUAUGCUAAACUGGAGAUGAUCUACAUCACUAAGAUCUCUGCUCGACGCCAAAUACUAGGUCUUGACCGUGUCCAGGAGGACGCAGAGCCAGCCACGACAGCGGACGAUCAUGAUGCCGACAUGAUUGCUCUCCCCAAGGUCACGGCUGAAGACAUCAACCCGACGCUCGGUCAGGACGAGGGGGUCGACCAGGUCGCGCUGCAGAACCUCAAGUCCACGCCCGCCUUGAGCGGCGCCAUUCCUAUGGCUAUUUUCGAUACUGCCAUGAAACACUUCAACAACGAUGAUCGCUUCGGACACGACUUCUACGACAUGGUCUCCCAGUUUGAAGGGACGGAAUGCUUCCGCAAGAUCCUUGGUCAUGUUGUGGACGCUCUGCUCGCAAGCUCCCCAGGAAGCUACCACACAAGAAUAUGCUACAUCAAGUUCCCGACAGCCGGUAUCAGUGUCACAUCUCCUGAGUUCCCACGAGCCUUUGGGGCUUCUCUGAGUCGCUUAAAGGAAGGCCCACAGGAUAAGAAACUGGCGGAAGAGAUGGUGAAAUGGCUGCGGCCCUUGACGGAGAAGGAGGAGCUAGAUCCGGCUUUGUUCAAAGUGCUGUCUGCAACUCUGCAGAGAUCCCAACGUACUCUCGAUGAGUAGGGUAAUAAAAAAAGUUUGCAAUUGGUCCCGCCGUGGGAGUUUGUCGAUGUAUCAAAAAGG